UCAUUUCUGCCGUCAUUUCCUUUAGUGAGCGACUGAAAUGCCUGCUGGAAAAAAGUGCAACGCAGUUGGCCACGUUUUUUGAGAAGGAUAUUGUGUUCGCUUUUGCUCAUCUUCUGGGUCAACACAAUGUUUACAACUCGUGAUUGACGUUAUCAACCGUCGAAACCUGGAAUAAGCGUUGGAAAGAAACGUUUUCCUGGGUUACGUUGGUUCAGCUCGUAUUUGUGAACCGCCAAAACCCUCAGAGUAGUUCAGCGAGGAAGUGACCAUUUUGUGAGUUAUCUGUUUACGAUAACGUGACGUUUUAUUGAAGUUGUCUUUCUGCGAACAAAAAUGAGUGGAUUCAACUUCGUUCCAGCCACUUCUGGCUUUUCCUUCGGGACCCAGAAGCCCGCAGCCGCAGCCCCGGGCUUUGGUAUGGCCAGCUCCACACCUGCGGCUCAGUCAGGCGGGUUCUCCUUCGGCACUCCGACUCAGGCCGCCGCCAACCCCAACCCUAACCCUGCCGGCUCCUUCAGCUUUGGUACCCCAGCAGCGAGUGCACCAGCUGGCGGGGGCUUUUCUUUCGGCACCCCCGCCUCCACAUUUGGAAUGGCCACUCCUAUACAAACAGCAGCAGCACCAGGGAUGAGUAUGGGCUCCGCAGCAGCUCCUCCAGCUGGGUCAGGGUUCACCAUGGGCACUGCUAUGUCUGCACAGACCACCGUCCCUGCAACAGGGGGCUUCUCCUUUGGGACUCCUACUCAAACUCAACCCCAACCUGCAGCUCAACCCCAACUUGCAGCAGCAGCACCACCAGUAGCUGCUGUAACAGCAACAACAGGAGCAGGGGGUCUCUCUUUUGGAGGAUUCAGCUUUGGAGCAAACAAGGUCCAGGCGACCACUGCUGCGGCCACCACUGCUGCCCCAACCGCUGCCCCAGGAGGGGGCUUCAGCUUUGGCACCCCUGCUCCAUCCAACCUCACCUUGGGUAUGCAGCCUCAGCCAGCAUCUACUGCUGCAGCCACAACUGGCCAGGGUGGAGGAUUUGCCUUUGGGAUUAAACCCUCGACCACCCCGGCUCCUGCUGUCUCUACCCAGCCGCCCGUAGCUACAGGCCCAUCUCUCUUUGCUUCACCCUUCUCUACAGCACCUGCGGCAGCGGCUGCUGCUGCUGCAGCUGCUGCUGCUACUGCCGCCGCUGCUACAACAGCGAGCCUAACAGGCUUCACUUUGGGUGCAGCUCCAACUUUAGCAGCAAGCACUGCGGCUCCAACAACCACAGCGGCUGGUGGAGGUCUGGCUUUCAUGCUCAAACCUCUUGGGGCAGCUACCAUCACCUCUGCCCCUGUCCCUGCCUCCACUGCCGCCGCUGCAGUCGCUACAACAGGUGCUGUGACAGGCUUUUCACUAGGACUUAAACCUUCAACCGGCACAAGCCUCACCACAACAACUACAGCAACUGUAAUCCCGACAACCACAGCUCCUCCAGUGAUGACAUAUGCCCAGCUGGAGGGUCUCAUUAACAAGUGGAGUCUUGAGCUCGAGGACCAAGAAAGACAUUUCUUGCAGCAGGCUACUCAGGUGAACGCCUGGGACCGCAUGCUGGUGGAGAAUGGGGAGAAGAUCACAUCCCUGCACAAAGAGAUGGAAAAGGUCAAGCUGGACCAGCGGAGGCUAAACCAGGAGCUGGAUUUCAUCCUCUCCCAACAGAAGGAGCUGGAGGACUUGCUCUGCCCGCUGGAGGAGUCUGUGAAAGAGCAGAGCGGAACCAUCUACAUGCAGAACGCCGAUGAGGAACGUGAAAGAACGUACAAGCUGGCGGAGAACGUGGACGCUCAGCUGAAGAGGAUGUCUCAGGACCUGAAGGAGAUCAUCGAGCACCUGAACACAUCCAGUGGCCCGGGAGACACCAGUGACCCACUUCAGCAGAUCUGUAAGAUUCUCAACACUCACAUGGAUUCACUGCAGUGGAUCGAUCAGAACUCGGUGCUUCUGCAGAGAAGAGUGGAGGAAGUGUCCAAAUUGUGUGACAACCAGCGCAAAGAGCAGGAGAAAAGCUUUCGUUUAACAUUUGACUGAACUGGAAUGAAUACGUUGACAUGUAUAUUGAUAUAAUGAUAGUUUUCUUACAGUUGUCCAAAGAGGGGAACUCUUCUAAGGGGUUAAGAUCUUUUUGAUGUAAAAUGUUCUUCACCAUUCCUGUUAACUUUAUUCUCCAGCUGUUUUGAUUCAUUUGGUUGCAUAAAGAUCCCUUUUUUCAAUGCAAUAGUUUUUAUAGAGAGUGGAAAAACUAAUCAUCUGUACCCAUGUAAAUGCAGUGGUUGUUAUAAAAAGUAAGAUUAAAUAAAUCUUUGGAUUAA